ACCUUUUGCUUAGGUGGACCAUACUGCCCCUAUCGACCCUACAUGCUGCCGAGACAACAAAGUGAAACGCAAUCUUAACUCAGUGGACGGGCGCAUGGCAACAUCAUCACUUACAUCAGUCACGUUCAGGCCACCGUCCGCAAGACAUUCGGACAUUCCUCGUUUGAGUUGUAAAACAAUGGAGUUCAAUAAUAACGACAACGGAGAUAAGUUUCCCUAUUCAAUUGAUUUUGUGGAUCAGCUAACAAAUGAAAAACUUUUACGUGAUUUUCACGGUGAAAAAACUGGAUUCGUUCGAGUAGGUAACGAUAAAUGGGUUUUUCCUAGUAAAUAUCGAGAUGCUGCGGAACAUUUUUACAACUUUCAAGCGCACCCUGAUGAUGUUUGGGUUGCAACUUAUCCUCGUUCUGGAACAACGUGGACACAGGAAAUGGUGUGGUUAAUAUGUAACAACUUAGAUUUCCAAGCCGCACGUAGCGAGCCACUAACCAAGCGUUUUCCCUUUUUCGAGUAAUCUAUGUUGCGAGGAAUCCAUCAGACGUUGUUGUGUCAUAUUACCACCUUAACAGAUUAUAUCGUACCCAAGGCUAUCAAGGAGACUUCAAAACAUUCUACGAC